UUUAGUAGGCCGGGCGAAACACGCCGGCGAAGUUGACUUUUGUUAUUUUGACAUAAACAAAUAUUAAUAGUAAUCAUAGCAACCCAUGGAUUUAUAUAUUUUUGAUGUUGCCUGACGACUCGUUUCACUUUUCACAUUCUCAUUUUAGUCUCGCAGCUAGUCAGUUCAGUUCAGUUAACAAAAAUAAAUAAAAAAUUCACCAGAGAAACCAAAAAAUCACCAGAGAAACGGGGUGAUAAGGAUCCCCAGGGAAACGGGACAAAAUGACUGCGAAUAUCGUGAUGGACACGAAGCUGAUCUGUCAGCAACUGGAGAACAGUGAUAGACGUAUCAAGACGGCUGCCUUGGCCCAGCUGCGUGAACAGUGUAAGAGCAUUCCAGCCGGUACCGGCGUACGUGAACUUGAGCAAAUGGCAUGUUACUUCGAUGAGUUGUACUUGCAUUUGCUCAAGUGUUACACGGAUCACUUUGAGGCAGUGCGCGACCAUGCUGUGAUGGCUGUGAAUGCUUUUUUGGAAAUUCUUCCACCCUUGGAUUUCCAUUUGACGAAUGUGAUGGCAACACUGGGCGAACGCAUGGGUCAGACGGAGACUGUGGAGCCGAGCGAGGAGAUACGUCUGCUGUAUAUAUCACAGAUGCAUCUGAUGGUGCGUCUAUAUGUGCCAAUGGGAACCGCGGGCAUCUUUCAUGAGUGCUAUCCCCUGGCCACCAAGGUGCUGAUCAAGUCCAUUAAGGACGCAUAUCCGUUGGUGCAGCGUGAGGGAUGCGCAACUCUGGUGAGUCUAACCCGUGUGGCCGAUACUGCUCAACUGCGUCCACAUACCCAGGCUCUGGCUGUGGCCUUGUACUCCAUGUUGAAUCACAAGCACGCCCAGGCGCGCAUAUCAGCUGUCGAGGCAUUGGGCAGACUUAGCCUUCACAUGGAUGCCAGUGGAGAGAAUAUGCGGCGUUUAUUCUCAGAGGUAUCGCCUCUCCUGAUGGAUAGCAUGCCUUUGGUGCGUCGCGAGUGUGGACAAAUGGGUAUACUGAUGCUCAUGGAACUACUGGAUCGCUACUCAUUCUUUGAGAGAAUUCUGCCACUGGUGCUUUGCUGCCUCAAGGAUGAUUCCCCUGAUGUGGUCAACUAUAUACGUCCUCUGUGGGUGAAGUGCGGUAAGCAAUACUAUGACGAAAACGAGACGGAACUCUCACAACAGGAGCUUAGCGACUUGCCAGCUGAAAAUUAUCCCAAGGAUGUGGAACGUCCUACAAUUGGUUGCCGUGGCCUGGUGCAACGUUCCUUGCGCCUAUUGCAGCUGAUCACACGUGAGACUGGUGACUGGAAGGACAAUGUACGUUUGCAUUCGUUGAAGUUGCUCUAUCAGUUUAUCCUGCACGCUGAGGCAGCCAUGACAGCAAAGUUUUUCGAGAUCUAUCCACAUGUGGCACUUGGAUGCAGCGAUGAGAAUGCUGUAGUUAGCGCCGAGGCCAAGAAGGUGUCAGAUCUAAUGGGCCGUCUUUUGUCCUAUGAUUCCUGGAUUGAUCAUGGUUUCCAUGGCAUAGAACAUCAUGCAAAAGAUUCAUAUUUGAUGUGUUUCUAUUACAUGUUCAAAGCCUCAACGGGCGGCACCUAUGAGCAGCUACUGUGUUUGGUUAAACUUCUGAGAAAUUCCGACUAUUCGCACACUCUUAAACCCCGGUUCCAGAUGUAUAUUCUUCGUAUGAUGGACACUGUGAUGGAUAAGGCCCGUUGGGUUACAGCCAGUCAAGCGGAGCUAGAAAAACUGUACGACGUUGUGUAUGUGGUGCACAUCAAAGUGAUUGCCUUGAUGCAUUCGCUAAAUAUGAAUAUGGAAUUCAAAGAGGGCAAAACAGUGCUGGAACGAAUUGCCGAAGCCGAGCAAAAGUCCGUGGACGAACUACAUGAAUCUCUCUUUGCAUUGGUCCUGAAAGAUGUGCAGAAUCUUGACGCUGAUAUAGAUGAGAAUGCUGAGCCCAUAUUGCUGCUCGAUGGCCUAAUCAAUACAUGCAACAUUCGAGCUACUUAUCUACCGGAACUCAUUGAGAAGGUGAAAAUUGUUUUCGCUAAUUGCUCUGAUAGUGCCCAGGUGCGCAUUUUCAGCAGCCUUUCGGUGUCGUCGCUGCUCUGGUCGAAGACAGUUAAACUGGAGCGAGAACAGAGCACCCAAUUGUGGUCUAAUUUUGUAAAGGAAAUUGUGGAACCACAUUUAGUCUGGCAGGCGGGGGUCACCGCUGAGGCAAUGCGCUCCAUGGCAAUGGCCACUCUCUGCGCUCUGGCACAAGGUGCACCGGAGGAGGCGCGCGAGGUAUUGCCAUCAUUGGCCAAGCUUAUGUCCAGUUUGCUUGAGGAUCGCAAUAUAACCACACGUCAUUAUGCCAUCCAGGCUGUGGUAUUCUUUCAAGGCCUAAACGUGGAGCAACUCAAACCUCUGGCUUAUGCUACCAUGCAGCGCAUGGAUGAUCCAUCUUCGGAGAUUAGAUGCAUGGCAGCUAUUGCGGUGGGUGAAUUGCGUCCGGUUUACACUUCUGAAUCGGAGGAGGAAAUCCAGCAUGAGCGUGAGGUCUGGGAAGCAUUUGUACAGCGUUCAAUGGAUCUGUUGCUUCUUUAUCACGAGAGCCCCGAGAAGGAUGUCCAAGCAGCAGCCGAACUUACACUCAAGAAGCUUGCAAAGGCCAAUCCAAAGCUGUGGGAAGAUCGAUAUGCCCGCGCCCUAACCAUGGUACGUCAAAAGGAUAGACUGGCUGAACUUUACGAACGACUGACCAUCAAAGAUGAAGAUGACGAUGACAACGGUUCAAAAUUAGCCAUAGUUAAAGAAGAAUCUAAGAAUCAAUGAUAUGUAUAUUUGCAAUUCAGUUUUAAUGUCAUAGUUUUUAAUGCUUUUAUUUUUGGAAUUCGAAACGGCAAAAUAAUUGCUCAUGUACAUGUAUGUACAUCAAAUACUGCAGCUACUGCAUCAAAAUAGACUUGAGUAUUAAAAACGUUUCGAAUCCAUACAAUCCA